AUGGAGAAAGAUGCAGAUGGCUUUUAUACCCCAGCGCCAGUUGCAGUUCCUGCGGCUGAAGCUGAAGCCAAACCAGAAGCCAACCCCGAAGCUAAACUUGAAGAUGAAGAAAAGGCAGAGGCACCCACUGAAUCCGUCAACACCGAUCUAAUUAACUCGACUUUCGAAGUUUCAGUUACAUUAGCAGAUCAACAAGCAGAUUCUUCGUCUCCGCUGUACAGUGUCAAGACCUUUGAAGAACUUGGGCUCCAUCAGGAUUUGCUCAAGGGAAUAUACGACAUGGGUUUCUCCAAACCUUCCAAGAUCCAGGAACGCGCUUUACCCCUACUUCUCUCCAACCCACCCACUAACAUGAUUGGGCAGUCUCAAUCAGGAACUGGAAAGACUGCCGCGUUUGUGCUGACAAUGCUCAGUCGGGUAGACUUCAAUUUGAACAAACCACAAGCUCUGUGUUUAGCUCCUUCUCGUGAACUCGCGCGACAAAUCAUGUCCGUAGUCAUUGCCAUGGGCAAAUUUACUUCCGUGCAAACAGAAUACGCCAUCAAGGAGAAUUUACCCAGAAAUGCCACCAGGAUUACCGCACAAAUUAUCGUUGGCACGCCCGGAACGAUGAUUGACCUUUUACGAAGGAAGGUUAUAGACGCCAGUGGUGUCAGAGUAUUUGUGUUGGAUGAAGCAGACAACAUGCUUGAUCAAGAUGGACUGGGCGAUCAAACUCUACGAGUAAAGAAUCUGCUCCCUAAAUCUCAAGUCCAAAUUAUUCUCUUCUCCGCCACUUUCCCCGAUCACGUCCGUGCUUUUGCAUCCAAAUUCGCUCCAAAUGCAAAUAAGAUUGAAUUACAAAGAGAAGAACUCAGUGUUGACUCUAUUCGGCAAUUUUACAUGGAUUGUAGGGACGAGGAGCAUAAAUACGAUAUUCUGGUCACGCUGUAUACACUACUUACCAUCGGACAGAGUAUCAUCUUCUGCCAACACCGACACACAGCUGAUCGAAUUAGCGCCAGGAUGACGGCGGAGGGACAUCAUGUCGCAUCGUUGCAUGGGGCAAAGGACGCGACUGAGCGUGAUCAAAUUAUUGAUAGGUUCAGAGAGGGCAAGGAAAAGGUCCUCAUUACAACCAACGUCAUUGCCCGGGGUAUCGACAUCUUGCAAGUCAACAUGGUUGUCAACUAUGACCUUCCCCUCAUGAAUGAGCGAAGUAAUUCUCGCCCAGAUGAUGUCCGACCCGACGUCGAGACGUACAUCCAUCGUAUAGGACGAACAGGUCGGUUCGGACGGAAAGGGAUUUCAGUCAACUUUGUACAUGAUCGGAAGACUUGGCAGCAAAUGCAACAAAUUGAAGAACAGACAGGGAAAAAGAUUAUGAGAAUUGAGACGAAUGAUAUAGAUGUCAUGGAAGAGAAAAUGAGGAAGGCUAUGAAGUAG